UUUCUAAAGAAUGAAUUGACGUUCCGUCUGAAUGUAAAAGACGAGAAAAAGUAUCAAUUUGGUUGCGCUUCAUUUAUAGAUAGACAAUUCACACUUUUAAAGAUUUUCAUUUCCAAAACGGCUAGCCCCUGUGUCAGGCCUUAUUUGAACAUGCAAUGCUAUACUACUUCUAAUCUACUACGCAGUGACGUCACUAAAAGUGAUAUUAUUAAAAUUAUUAACAAUGGAAUAUCCGUACGCAUUGCGCGAGUUACAGCAAAAAAGCUAGUUAGUCUUGAUGCCCUUGGGCUAGCUUGGAAUUUAUUUUUCGACUCAUCAUUUAUUUAAAGGCAGCUGGCCUUGAAAUAAAUGAUGUUCUUUAUCCUCGCAACAUAGCUUUAGUGAUGGAUUUAGGUCUGUUCGUUCUCUUGCUGCAAUGCGUUGCGUUGUUAGCCAAAAUGUGCGCUUCUCAAGUGCUUCAAGCGUCCAACGGUGGAUUUCUCAAAGAGAAAAAGAUGUAUCUAAACGUGACAGUGAAAGAAGUGCAUAAAGUGAACCGGGUGGCUCAGUGCGCGGUCAAGAGUAUGAGGGAUCAUAAAUCCUAUUCUUUUAACUUUGCUGUUAAACCUGACGAAUGUGGGACGUACCUCUGUGAAGUGCUGUACACCGACAGAUACAACGACUCAGAUAAAUACCACAAAAACGAGAAUUUCGAUCACUACAACAAGAAGAGCGCAUGCGCUUCCAGUCCGUGUCCCGUGGGCUCAUUUUGUCAAGCUGAUUACGAACACGAGUCGUACACCUGCAGGAAAAUAAUAUGCGAGAAGGAUCUUGCACAAUUGUCGUGCUUGGAUGGAUUUGCUAUCGACGUGGAAUGGGCGCUCUGGGGUAGAUCAUCCAUGCAGCCAUGUCCUCAUCCAAAGGCGCAAAUUUGCAUCAAGAAAGAGACCGUCCAUGAAACACUUCAGAGCAUCCGCGGUCUUUGCCAAGAUAAAAACUCUUGCAGUUUUACCGCUAAUAAUACUGUGAUAGGGCAUGAUCCUUGCGCUAAAAUUUAUAAGUACCUCGAGCUUCGUUAUGUGUGCAAGCAGAAGGAGAACAAAUAGUCUAGACAAACAGUCGAAACCAUAUGAACACACCUUUUAAUGCUCUUCAUUUUUGUUGGCGUAGAAAAGCGUUUGGCAAACGCUCCAGCCAGUCAAGUCCCCCAGGCGUUCUGAACUGGUUUCCUUCAAGAAACAGACUCGUACACAGUCGUUGUUUGCUGUUGUACGGACAUCCACAGGAACCCCGAAACCGCAUCCUGACCGUCAUGCACGGCGCGCUUAUCCACCAGAUGCAUUGUUACGAGUCUGUUCGAGAAACUAUAGACUAGACCCUGCUCGCAAGGUUGGCUUGGAUACCUGAGGGAUUGAAUGUGCACAAUCUGUGUUGUGACUGUGGGUGUAUAAUACAAAACCAAGUUUUAUUCUACCAUAAAAAGAUAUUAUAAAAGCAUGUAAAAUGUUCACAUGCCAUAUUAUUACACUGAUUUGGGCAAAAGGACUCCAUAAAAGUAAAGGAAAGUAAACUAAUGAAGUUUAAAAUUGCCUUGGUUGCCCCCAAUUAAAUUUACUGUUACAUCAGAGUGAGUCAUUAAUAUAAGCAAUAUCGUAAGUAAGUAGUUAUAAGUAAUCAAGUGAUCUCGUCCCAGAUCCCACGCAUCUCACGGUUAUCCAAUUAGCACAGUUAUCCCGAUAAGGACUCGUGACUAGGUGGCGCCAAUUCACCUUUAGGGAUACUAUAUUCCCGAAAAGGAGCACUUAAUAAACGACUGUGUAACCCUUU